UAGAGGGUGUCCUCACUGUGUCGGAAAUAAAUAGAAAUGGCAGCAAUCGCAGCCUUGCAGGCUUAUGGAAGUGACGAAAGUGAUGGAGAUAUUAGUGACAAGGAGUCCAAUUCCGAAGAUGCGACGGCACAUCUCAGACCACUUGAGAAGGAUGGGACCAUUAAAUCUUUGCAAGUGAAACUACAAUUGAACGCAGCACCAACAGUGGACGAAACAAGUGACUUUGGAAGCAACCCUUACCACCAGCCACUAGACCCAUUCACAAAGACUGUGUCUUAUAAUCCUCAGUAUGAUCAGAUGUACAAGCCACAAGCAGGACCUGUGAAUCCAUUCAAGACACAACAACAGACCGCUGCCAAGAACACUCUAUCUGGCUAUGUAGAACCAGCCCAUCUCAAUCCUUUCCAUUUUGAGAACCAAAGAAGGACAUUCUCAAGCUAUGGUUUUGCUGUUGAUCCCAGUGUUGAUACAGGUGGAAAGCACAUUGUAUCAAACAAAGAGGGCACCAAGCCUGUAGAAGGUAAGACAGUCUUUGAGAAGGUUGAAUUAAGGGAAGGGGACAAGCGGAAGAGGGUGAAGAACAAAGAUGCCUCAGACAUAGAGGGCUUUGAGGGUCCGUGGGGGAAAUAUCAGGAUGAGAAGACAGUAGCCAAACCAUCAGAGGAAGAGCAGACAGAGUUAGAUGAGAUUCUUGCUAAGAGAGCUAAGAGAGGCAAGAUGAUGGAUGAUAAACCAGCCGAAGAGAAGACUACACUACACAUCAAAGAUGCCUACGACUACCAGGGUCGAUCCUACCUUCACAUACCCCAAGACCUGGACGUGGAUCUCAGGUCUGAGCUGCCUCCAGACAAGUGCUAUCUCCCCAAGAAGACCAUUCACCAAUGGACUGGUCACACUAAAGGUGUGGCGGCCAUCAGGCUCUUGCCAGUCUCUGGACAUCUUCUCAUCUCCUGUGGCAUGGACAGCAAAAUCAAGCUAUGGGAGGUAUAUAACCAAAGGAGGUUAGUUCGAACGUUCUCAGGUCACAAACAGGCAGUCAGGGAUGUGUGCUUUAACAACGAUGGGACCAAGUUCCUUAGCGCUGCUUAUGAUCGAUACAUCAAGCUCUGGGACACAGAAACAGGACAAUGUAUUGAGAAGUUUACAAGUCGUAAGGUUCCGUACUGCGUGAAGUUCAACCCAGAGGAAGACAAACAACACAUCUUUGUUGCUGGCAUGUCAGACAAAAAAAUAGUUCAGUGGGACAUUAGAAGUAAUGAGAUCGUUCAGGAAUACGACCGCCACUUGGGUGCUGUCAACACCAUCACGUUCGUCGAUAAUAACAAACGUUUUGUGACGACAUCCGACGACAAGAGUUUGAGGGUGUGGGAAUGGGACAUACCUGUAGAUUUCAAGUACAUUGCAGACCCCAGCAUGCACAGUAUGCCAAGUGUUUCACUCAGUCAUAACGGGAAGUGGCUGGGUUGCCAGUCGAUGGAUAACCAGAUCGUCAUCUACAGCGCCAUCAAUAGGUUCCGACAGAACAGGAAAAAGAUCUUCAAAGGUCACAUGGUUGCUGGCUAUGCUUGCCAGAUGGACUUUGCCCCAGACAUGAGUUACAUUGUAUCUGGAGAUGCCGACGGAAAAUUGAAUGUGUGGGACUGGAAGACCACGAAACUAUACACCAAGUUGAAGGCACAUGACGGCGUUUGCAUUGGCUGUUUAUGGCACCCCCAUGAAACGUCAAAAGUUAUAACAUGUGGAUGGGACGGACUUAUAAAACUCUGGGACUGAGACUGUUGUAUGUGUGCUCAGUGGACUUGAUGUAUUUAAUGAAAACCAACAUCAUAGUGAGUACAUGGGACAGUGCAGGAACCUCGGAAACUGCUUUAGCUGCGGAAAGUGUGACAUCCUGGAUGCUCUUCAGAAAGUAUGGCAGUAUGAUCGCACAGACGUACAUAUCCAGGUAUAUGCUGGUGAAAACUUUAUGGAAGACAAGAUUGGAUCCUAGACGGAUUUGUACAAUGUUUCUGUCUGUAUGAUGACGACAAACUGAAUGAAUGGGUCCACAGUGAAGUCUCAGGAGCAUCCAAACCUUCUUGUAGUCUGAUUUCUAUGUGGGGUCAUUUUAUGACAGGACUUGUCAGGCAUUUUAUUUGACAAGUCUGUUUUAUCCGACAGUUACCAUAGGAACUGCUUCUCAGCUAAUCAAAAUUGAGGAAAGAUUGUCAGAUCCGACUUGUCGGACAAAAAUAUUGAUGAGACUCUACUCUGACCUAUCGCACCACCCCAUUACAAUAAAAUUCCAACCUCUCUGUGUCAUUCUUUAAACCAUUGAAAUUAACUUAGAAUAAUUUUUUUCACUUUUACACCAUGGGGAAAGAACACAGUUAACAUAAGAAACGUACAAUGUACACAAAAAUUUGACAUUUUUAGUCGGUCUCCCCCACAAUUUUAUGUUAGUUAGACCAUUGCCUAAUUGAAGUGGACUUCAGAAUACAUUUGUGUGAAAUGUGGCUACAUGAAGUAAUCUUUUGAUCUUGCCUACUUUAGGUUGGAAAUUUCCUCAAGUGAAUGAAUAAUCAGUCGCGUACCUUGACCCUGAGGAGACAAUGAUUGGAGGGGCACUGUAUUGUUUGUGAACAAUGCUGUGCCCCUCCAAUGCUUUGUCUCCUCCGGUUCACUGUCCGCCACUGUGAAUAAUGUACAUCAGUCUUUUCUGUGGUGCUUUUCAUGAAACCAUGUGAUCAAAUGCACAUUAAUCAACAUAUUUAUAAAGAAAUAACCCAUAUUCUGGACAAGUUCUGUAUUUGUAUAAUUAUGAUCGUUCAAUGCUGCCCUCAAUUUAGCAAGCUUGUUGUUCUUAUUGUUACCUGUUGAAUUGGUAACAAUUCAAUUCAAUUCUUAUUUCGCAAAUAGGAUAAAAAUACAAAGAAACAUCAAAUAAUGUAAUUAGAUAAUAAAAUUAAUUGCAUGGCUUUCCAUGGAGGUUUUAAGAAACCUGUAAGGCUGGAUCGCCAAAACAGUAAAAACACAACAAUGUUAAUAAACAAAAUUUUAUAUAUAUCAUUAUAGUAAAUUCAAUGUAGGAAAAAGGAGAAAAAACGCUAAGAGUACAAAAACACAAGUUGAAGGGGGAAGAUACGGUACAAGUAAUGCAAUGAUAUUAACUGUGAAAAUGAUCGUUUACUAGAAAGUCUUCAUACUGUUUUCUAAAGGAAGAAAUUAAUAAAUAACACAAUCAAUUAUAAAAAAAAUAUGUAAAAAAUAAUCGUAACUGUUAGUCUCUGUCAAAUCAAAAUGUCACAAUCAGUCGCAAAUAUUGAUUAGAUUCCUCUUUUUGUUGCAGGUUAAUAUGGAAUGCACAAUUCUGUUAACACUCUCAAACAAUCAGGUUGUUAUAUACCUAUGUGUAUGUUAAGUAAUAUCAAUGUAUCAUAGACUUGUUAAAUAAUAGCCUGCAGUAUGAUCUGAUGAAGACUGCAACUAUUUUGCCAUUUUGAGUCUGAUGUGGGGAGACUACAAACAGCGGCUGCAUACUGUAGUCUCGAACCAGACUCGUAACAGAAAAGCCAAAAGCAGUAGCCUCAACCGAGAGUAUAGGCGAGCAAAAUAGUAGAUCAGUAUUUUAUUACAUUUCAAAAUAUCACACUUGAACUGCAAUCAUUAAUGAACUUUCUUUUUUGAUUAGUGGUUUGAAAGGUCACUCGGUGAUUUUCCAAGGACAGUGCUGGUAAUGAUAAGUUAAGUGUUGUGGGUGGUGUUAAUAUUAACCCAACACAAACACCACCUUUUAACACCAACAUUUAAACACUCAAGGUGUUUUGAUCGAAUGGAUGAAUCAUCAGGCUCUUCAUUCAAAUCUCUGCACUGCACUACCAUUGUUUUACAAGGCAUGAAUCUAUAUUUGCCACUCUCCACCCAGGUACAAAAUGGAUAUCGACAGGAGAGAAUUCCCUGACUGCUGAGGAGUGAGGGCAUGAAUCAAACAGAGUAUAUGAGAAUGCAUUAAGCACCUUCUGUGGUGGACAUAUGUAUACUUCACAGAUAACCCAAAUUGUAUAUCAAAUCUAAAUUUCAUUUUUUAUUGGAAGUUUUGGUUAGCUUUCAUAUCAGUUCUUCAAAAUGCUCGUAUCUCUUUUCAACACAAAAGUUUUUACUGGCAAGUUAUCCAUUAGCGGUGGUUUACCGAGUCUCCUAACAGAGAUUGAUGCCAUGUGUGAAUACUGAGGUGAUGAUAUUUGUACAAUAUUUUUUAAUAAAUGCUAUAUGUUUUUACUAUGGAA